UGGCCUUCUGAUCUAUCCAGAUGGACCCCUCAAUUUGGAGAGGAGACCAGAGGAGAUUUCUCGAGUCUUCAGCCCUUUUUAUGUCUUGCUUAGAAAAAUCAGGGAUUUGCUGCGUGUGCUUUCCAAGGAGGAGCUGUACAAGCUGGAGAAACGUGUGCUGAAUGAAUGCACUGCAGAUUCACAGCCCUGCAGUAAUAGGGACUCUCCAGACCUCCAGGGCUUUGCAUCUCAGUGUGCCUGCCCAUCUGUACCAAGGCCUUUUGUGCAGGAAUCUGAUAGUGCUCAGAGAGGAAUGUUCACAGGUAUUCCACUGAACUCCCGAGGGUUGGAAUUACGAGGCCGUUACCGCAAUAUAGAGGACAUGAUUCACACAUUAUUUGUCUGUAUUUCUGGAGUGGCAGACCAGCUCCAAACUAAUUUUGCAAGUGACCUGCGCAGCAUUCUGAAGAGUGUCUUUAAAAUUGUGACCUCCCAAGUGGAAGAAUUGGAGGUAACAGACACUGGAC